CCGACCCGUCCUGUAUAUCUUAUUCCGUGUUUUAUAUCGUUAGAUAUUGAUAACAGGUUGCAAGAUAUAAAACGAAAUUUAAAAUAUUAAAAACACAAAUCAUAAGUUAUUAUUUUUGAAUACAAUUUUUUUCCUUUAUUGCUAUUGCAAUUUAACAUCUUUCUACGCCAAUCACUGAAUAAUUGUGAUACUAUGGAGAGUUUCAAUUUGAAAAAUAUUUUUUUCUCUUUUAUAACUAUUUUAGUUUUGGUUAUAUCUAUGCUCUGUUUUUACGAACCUGCUCAAAAUGUGUUGUGCAGUUUUGCGAUUUUUGAAAGAUUCUUUUUCAACACACCCAAAGUUUGUUCUCUUUUUGAUUCCUACCGCUUAAGUCGUUACAAAGGUGUUGGAGGAGGUAAAAUAUAUUUAUCCAUUCUGGGUAUUGUAUUUGAUGUAACUGAAGGUAGACGGUUCUACGGUCCUGGUGGUUCUUAUCAUGGAUUCUCUGGUCGUGAUGCCAGUCGUUCAUUCAUAACUGGUUUAUUUGAUGAAGAAAAUUUAACGGAUCAUGUUAUUGAUAUGGAUCCAACUGAUUUAAUAGGGUUGGAUAAUUGGCUUAGUACUUAUAAAAAAAAAUACAAAGAAAUUGGAAAAUUAAUUGGUCGAUAUUAUGAUUCAUCUGGUGAAAAAACUGACUAUUGUAAGAUAGUAUACGAAAGAAUUAAUGUAAGUAAAAUGGCCAAAUUGGCAAAAAAAAAAGAAAUGAAUCGAUAUCCAAGUUGUAAUGUAGAAUAUAUUAAAGAAAACCAAAGAAGUAAAGUCUGGUGUACUACAUUAAGUGGAGGUGUUAAAAGAACAUGGACGGGAGUACCUCGUAAAUUACAAACUCUUGAUGAAAAUGGAAAUUUAUCUGUUCGCUGUGCAUGUGUUCAACUUGAUGAAUUAAGUAAAAGUGAAUUAGUGCAUAUUGUAGAAUAUGAUAAUUGUGAAGCUAGCUCAACAGUUUGUUUUGUAAAAAUCAGUUAAUCUUCUUUGUGUAUUGCUAUUUUGUAUUAAGUUGUGGUUUCAAAGGUAAGCUUGUGUAGAUCAUGGUACACUUUAACUCUGUGGUCUAUCUACUGAUCCAUUUUCAAUUUUGAAUUAUAUUUUAAAUUCAAGGUUAUUUCAAUAUGUUAUAAGAGGAAAUAUAUUUUUUAAAUGUUUCCUUAAUAUUUAUAUGUAUAUAAUCCUGACUUUUCCAUGAAUGAGUUUACUACUUAUUUUAAUCUAAUUUGAAUGUUAUGGUCUAAGUAUAAAAAAAAAAAAAUU